CGCUUUAACAUUAUUGGAGUCGUCAACUUUGAAUGUGUGUCACGUAACGAAUAAAGCCGUUUAGUUCUUUUGUUAAAAAAUCAGUGUUGGUUGGUAAUAAAAAUUUUUAGCAAUAAAAAAAAAUAAAUAGGACAUAUUAAUAAGACCAAUUUAUUAAAAAUGCCCGAAUGGUUUAGUUAUGAACGUGUUUUUGAAAGAGUUAAACAAGCGCAGUCGUCUUCCGGUCAUCAGAAGUAUCGUUGACAUAUAGAAGAAAACUUCGUUUGGACAAUUCAUUCCAAAUUAUUCGUGCUUUUAAACCAAACUUCUAAACAUGUCCUCUACCGUAAAGAUUGGAAUAAUUGGAGGUACAGGUUUGGAUGACCCAGAUAUUUUAAAAAAUCGGAAUGAAAAGCAAGUUACAACUCAAUUUGGGGAUCCAUCAGGUGGUAAAAUCGUUGAAGGUGAGAUUGAGGGUGUGCCAUGCGUAAUUGUAUCACGUCACGGUCCAACCCAUGAUAUUAACCCAUCUAAUGUUAAUUAUCGAGGGAAUAUUUGGGCUUUAAAAGAUGCUGGUUGUACUCAUAUUAUUGCAACAACCGCAACAGGAUCUUUAAAAGAAGAAGUACAACCUGGGGAUUUAGUAGUUGUUGAUGAUUUCAUUGAUAGAACUCAGGGAAGAAAACAAACUUUUUAUGAUGGAAGUGAGAAUGGUUUACCAGGACUUUUCCAUCUUCCUAUGAAUCCACCUUUUUCACAACCACUCAGGGAAGUUAUUAUGAACACAGCUGAAGAAUUAGGGUUGAAGCAUCAUAAACAAGGCACUGUUGUUUCUAUCGAAGGACCUAGGUUUUCAUCAAAAGCUGAAAGUAAAAUUUUUCAAAUGUAUGGAGGAGCAGUUAUUAAUAUGUCUACUGUUCCUGAGGUUGUAUUAGCAAAAGAAGCAGGACUUCUUUACUCAGCAAUUGCCUUGGUAACUGAUUACGAUUGUUGGAAAGACGACUACCAAACGGUUUCGCACAACGUUGUUCUACAAAGUUUCCAAAAUAACGUCGAGAAGCUGAAAACCCUUUUAAUUGCAGCCGUCCAAAAGGUUGCCGCGAAAAAUUGGGAUAAAGAAAUUCAAGAAUUACAGAUGGAGGUUGCGAAGCACUAACGGGUGAUCUUUGAGGAUUUCCCAAAUCGGAACUUGAUAAAACGGUAUCUGGAUAAUAAAUUUCGGCAACUAAUAAACUGGACCAUCUCGGUGAAGAUAAGCAUCCACCGUCUAAGUAGUGACAUCUUGAUUGUAGGCAUCUAAAUAAGCAUUAAAAAAUCAAAAAAAAAUUAAAA